GAAUGAAGCUAGUUACAGCAUUGGGCCCUGCACCGAAUCUUGACUAAGAAAACCUUGUUAACUAGAUAAGUCUGUUUUGCAAUGAGUCAUUUUGUUUUUAAAUUAUUCAGUAAAAAAUAAGUUAAAUCACUUGUGUACUAUGUAAAUAAAUACAUUUAAUCUGAGUAGAGUGUUACUCUAAAAAGGGGAGGGGCUUUGCCUCAACUGGGCCCCUCCCACUUGAACUUUAGUCCAAUUCAGAUAAACUAAGAAUCAGACACACAGAGAUGGAGAAACACUGUGCUAACUGGACUCUUCUCCUGGUGCUGUGUGGCCUCCUGCCACUGGCUUCUCAGGCCGGCAGGCAGAUGCCAAAACUCUCGGACAAGAAGCUAUGCGCCGAUUCCGAGUGUAGCCAUCCCAUUCUCAUCGCUAGAGCUCUGCAGGAUUAUUACCCGCAAGACUGUCGCUUCAUUCCCAUCCAGCAAGGCCAGUCUGUAUAUGUGUAUGCCAUGCUGAAAGACCGUGGGAACCUCUUCUGGGCUGGCAGUGUCCAAGGGUCGUAUUAUGGAGAGCAGGAGGCUCGUCUGGGAUUCUUCCCCAGCAGUGUUGUUGAAGAGACGCACGCUUUAAUGCCUGCUGAGGUCGAGGUUAAGACUGAUAAAUGGGAUUUCUACUGCUAUUAGGAUUGUAUGCUGCUUCGAAUAUAAACAUGAUUCUUGAUUCCACUCUGCACUUUAUGGUGUCUCACUACAUUUGUUAUCUCUACGCUACUCAACUAUUCAGAUAAGGAAAACACACAGAACAGUGACUGUAGACUGUAAACGCUUAUUGAUGCAAUAGUUUGAAUAAAACUACAUGGCUGCUUCUCUUGCA